GGACGGGGGGAAGUUUGUCUCCGACCCAGUGCACACGGGCCCCUUGUGACGGCGCCGGGCAGCAGCUGCCCCAGCAGCGGGGAGCCCCACCCCGGAGCCGCUGGCUGGGGGGCGGGGGGGGAAGCAGGUGGCACGUCUGGCUGCCCCAUGGAUUCCGAUGUGGCCUCCACAUCCAGCCGAGCAUCGUCUCCGGAGCUGGAGGAAGCGGGCAGCCCCGAGCUCCCGCCCAGCCGCGUGUUCGAAGCCCGCUGCCGGGAGCCAGGGGCUCCCCAGCGGCGGCCCGGGGAGCCCAGCCCCAGCGGCCCGGCCGGGGGGACGCCCCGGGCCAGCAGGCAGGAGCAGUCGGGCGAGCAGCAGCGGCUGAAGGUGAACAGCCGCGAGCGCCGGCGGAUGCACGACCUGAACCAGGCGCUGGACGGGCUGCGGGAGGUGAUGCCCUACUCGCAGGGGCCGGCGGUGCGCAAGCUCUCCAAGAUCGCCACCUUGCUGCUGGCCCGCAACUACAUCCUCACGCUGAGCAGCUCCCUGCAGGAGAUGAGGCGGCUGCUGAGCGAGCUCCACGCCGGGCCCCGCAGCCACCCGCUGCCCCGGGCCCGCCCCAUGCCCCCCGCCGCCGGGGCGCAGAGCCUGCCCCCCGCCUGCUCCCUGGCAGCCGCAGCUGGGUACCCGGGCUGCCGACCGGCUCCGCGAGAGACUCACCGCACGGCGGCGGGGCCCCUGGGCCCCUUUUACAGACACUACUCCGGCUUGCCCUGCCUCUGCUCCGCGUGCCAGGCCGCACCCCGGGAGCUGCCAAGGGCGGCCGCCGCCCCGUCCUGCCUAAGGGCAAGCAAGUAAGGCCGGAGGCUCACCCUGGCCCCAGAGACCCAACGCCAAGGCGUUAAUAGGGUCAGCGCCGCAGAACGGGCACUGCUCUGACCAGGAGAGUCCUUGGGCUGGGGGUAGCGCUAUCGGUGCCCUUCCAUUUACAAACCUCGCCAGUCUCCUCCUGACCAUGUAACAGACACUUAUCCCCUAAGACUCUACGACAUGCUCUGUAUCCAAACCUGCAGGCAGCAGGAUCCCUAAGACAGUUCCCAAGGCUGGUGAGAGAAGAGCUUGAUUGAGGUGGCCAUUCAGCUGUGACACGUAGCUUUGCCUUUCUUCAGUAGCUGAUGUGAUGCAACGUACCUGGAAUUUUCAUUUUUACUGAUAAUAAAUAUAGUCAUCUUAGUCAAUGGAUUUG